AUGACAUUGGAUCACAAUGGAAACUUCACAGAAAAUUUCACCAUUGCCCAGUUGGAGGUCAGUGAGAAUGACUCCCAGAUUACGUCCAUGUCUGCCGUAGGCCUGGUGGUUAGAGGUAUGGCCAUGGCAGCAAUUAUAAUCGGAGCGAUAUUCGGCAACAUGCUGGUGAUCAGUAGUGUCCUGAGAUUCGAACGUCUUCGAGGCAUCACAAACUUUUUCAUCGUGUCCCUGGCGUUCGCCGACCUUCUCGUGGCUAUUCUUGUGAUGCCUUUCAACGCCAGCAUGGAAAUCACUGGAAAAUGGGUCUUUGGUCGGACCAUGUGCGAUAUAUUCAACGCCAAUGACGUCUUGUUCAGCACAGCUUCCAUUCUACAUUUAUGUUGUAUAAGUAUGGACAGAUACAUCGCCAUAUUGCAUCCUCUUCAAUACGAAACUAAAAUGACUCGACCCCGCGCUAUUCUCAUGCUUGGGGUCACCUGGGUAUCCUCAAUACUUAUAUCGUACAUUCCGGUGUACUCUCAACUUUACACCACAGAAGAAAACAUGCAAGCAUUAAUCAACGACCCAGAUUCCUGUCCGUUUAUCGUCAACAGGAUUUAUGCAGGAGUCUCAUCAAGCGUAUCCUUCUGGAUUCCUUGCACUAUCAUGCUUUUCGUCUACGCCCGCAUCUUCAUGGAAGCAAGAAAGCAGGAGAAAAUGAUACAAACAUCGACAGUCUAUUUACAUUACUCCGACCUAAGAAACGCCAACGGUGCCUGUAUAGACAGAGAUGCAAACAGGUCUGAACGAAGGAGAAUGAAGCGGGAACAUAAAGCGGCCAAGACGUUGGGGAUUAUCAUGGGUGCUUUCAUACUGUGUUUCUUGCCUUUCUUCUCCUGGUACGUGGCCACCACGAUGUGCCGCGACCUGUGCCCGUACCCACCCAUGCUAGGAUCCGCCUUGUUCUGGGUAGGAUAUUUCAAUUCGUGCCUCAACCCCUUAAUAUACGCAUACUUUAACAGGGAUUUUCGAACAGCGUUCAAGAAGUUGCUCCAUUUGGAUCUAGUGCCGUGUGAUUCAAACUGUGACCCUUCCUCGCAUGCUCUGAAUUCCACAUUUGUAAGCAACCAUGUUCGGCAUUCCAGGGAUAUCUGCAACUUAGGAGUUCGACUCUCCAACAGUUCUCUGCAACGACAGUGA